AUGUCUGAGAUGGCGCCGUCCGCUACUGCCGCUUCUGCUGUUCCCGAGAAGCCUUCAGCUGGCAAGAAAGCGAGGAAAGCUGUGAGGGCUGCAGUCGCCGCCCGGAAAAAACCCGCUGGCCCUUCAGUGUCGGAGCUGAUCGUGCAAGCCGUUUCUUCCUCCAAGGAGCGUAGCGGCGUAUCCUUGGCAGCCCUCAAGAAGGCCCUGGCGGCGACUGGCUACGAUGUGGAGAAGAACAACAGCCGCAUCAAGCUGGGCCUUAAGAGCCUGGUGAGCAAGGGCACACUGGUACAGACGAAGGGCACUGGCGCGUCCGGCUCCUUCAAGCUCAAUAAGAAAGCAAGCUCUCUUCAAGCUUCAAGCUCUGCGGAAGCUAAAACCAACACCUCAAAGGUGGCAGCAAAAAACAAGGCAACGGGCGCCUCUAAGCCGCCCAAAAAGGCCACGGGAGCUACUGUUAAAAAGAGUGUCAAUACUCCGAAGAAGGCUAAAAAGCCUGCCGUAGCAAAGAAGUCCUCCAAGAGUCCUAAGAAGCCUAAGGCUGCAAAGCUCAAGAAAGUAGCCAAAAGCCCUGCUAAACCUAAGGCUGUAAAACCCAAAGCGGCCAAGGUGAAGGUGACUAAGCCAAAAACUGCCGCCAAACCCAAGAAGGCAGCACCCAAGAAAAAGUAA